CCACUAGCAGCUCAUGUCCACGGCAGGCCGGCUUGCCGCAGGCAUCCCAUAAAUCCUCAUAGCGCUCCAGCUGGUGGCUAUAACCUAUCCCUCCGAUCCGUCAAUACCGUCCUCGAGUGACUCCUUGUCUGUGUUCGCGUUCACGUUGACGUCCUCAUUCCGCAUCUUCCGACCAUAUAUCGACCCAGUCUGCUCCGCGCACUUACCCGUUAACCCCUUCCCUCGAGUCCCAAGAGGAAUUCACAUCUAUCAACGUCAUGCUCGCAACCUCAUCAGUCCCUACCUCUACCACCGGCGUGCAGCAGCAGCACACAGGCGACGCGGACCCGUUCAUCCUGUACGCCCGCUCGCUUCAUGAUUAUACCCUCCGCCUCUGGACGGAGUCGAGGAGGAUCGCUGAGGAGAAGACACGUCUCAAGGCCGCUGCCACUGCCUCUGGAUCCCCACCCCCGCCUGCGGCGCCACAUGGACAGGAGAGGACCGACAACGGGACCGUCAAGGUCUAAAACAUUGUCCUCAUCGGGGCGGGCGGGGGUGCCGAGCGAAUUGGUGGUUAGCGGAUGGACUGUCCCGGAAAGCCUGCAGCUCACCGCUCACGCUGAUGGACGUUGUCAUCCUGAUGCGUUUUAUAACCACCCUCGUGCUCGACGGCUUUGUUCGCUGCUCCAGUCAUAUCACUACUACUCACCAUGACAUCUGUUCAUCCGCUGCUUUCUAUUGCUCUUGGUACUGUGAUUCGUUGCGGUUAUAUACUAUAUUCCCUUUCUGAGCACCCUGUAGAACAUCACCCACCUACUGCUACUAACAUCUGAGUACCUUCUUAUCCAGUCUCCGGAAUCGUCGGGUUAUAUUCCCUUUCGAGUGUAAUCCUAUACCG